AUGUUGGCUCACUCGGCGGUGAGUCGUCUCCCGGUGGGCGCCGGUUCAGGCGCAGUGCGCGAGCUGGCGAAGAAGGCGGUGCGCUCUCGGAAGGGCUUCGAUCCGACCCGCGGCUGGGCGCGCCUCCACGAGCGCCUUUCCGAGGUGGUGUUUGGCCGCGCUGGCGACGGCCACACCGCCGCGCGGCACUUUGUGCGCAUGCACCUCGCGCAGCUGCGGUUCCAGAACCCCGACGCGUCAGUGUCGCAGAGCAGCUCCAAGCUCGAGAAGAGCUCGCGAGUGAGCAUCGAGCUGGACGGCGGCGAGGCCGUCGAGCUGAACGUGCUGAGGCAGGUGCUCGGCGCGUCCGGGAUGGAGGCCGCUGAGGUGGAGGCUGCGGCGGCGGCGGCAACCUCCAUUCCCGACGUGACCAUCGACGCGGCAGGCUAUUGCGGCGAGCGGCGCGCGAAAGGUCAUGGCUUCCCGCCACGAGUCAUCGUUCCGCUGCCGCGGCGCGCUGCCGAGUGAGCGUUGUGCCGCUGGUGCAUGCCUGUGUGGUGUGGAAUAAUUAUCUGUAUCGACUACAAGACGCGCGCGAGGUCACGUCUCCCGAGAAAACACAGCGUGACA